GAUUUGGAUCAGAUUGCCACAUGGUUGAGAGGAGAAGGCCUUGCUCCUGACUCUUCCAAGGACACUCAGCUGUGCUUGCUAUGGCGUWCUCAUCAGCACACAGAAAAAUGUCUGAGCGACGUGACAAAGGAUCUGGARACAAAUCGCUCACAACACUUUGCAGAACUGGCAGAGGUACGCAAGUCCUUGGAGCAGAUCCGAAUCUUUACAGAGCAAAAAGAUUUGUUGGCUCAAGAGAUACAAGAUGAGAAUGAUCGACUCAGGAAGCAGCUGCAACACUUUGUAUCCCUACAAGAUGCUCAGAUAAGUGAGGUGGCCAAAAUGCUGUACCAGCAGGCUCUCACAGAGCUGAUUCCCAGUAGUGCCAGUGAACAAGUGGCUUACCUCCUGGUGGAGAGGGCUUCCUUACUUGAAACAAACGAGGAUCCUUACAAGCUGGUGGCCGAUGGAAACACAGAAAUCUGUUCUGGGAUUCAAACACAGAACAUCAGCACAUACCAAUCUGAGGCCGUACCUUUGGCUGGCCGCUCAAGCAGUUUGGAGACGACGUGUUCCCGUCUGGAGCGGGACGUGGAAGAGGGUUCCCGCCGACUGGCCAUGGCGCACAACGAGAUCCGACAUUUGACUGAUGAGCUGGAAUCUGCUCAUUUGACUCAAAGAGCGUACGAGCCUGAGCUGCAGUCUGCGCAGCAGGAAGUGGUGCAGCUCAGACAGGAAGUAGGGAAACUUAUAAAAAAUGAUCGCCUGGACUUUGAGAUCAGGGCUUUGAGGGACCGGGUMCGCUCUCUGAAUGCUGAGAAACUUUUUCUGCAGCAGACAGUUGAUUUUCUGCAGAAGGAAGUGGAGCGACUGGAGUCGGCCUUGAAGGAGCAGCAGCAGCUUUGCAUUGUGCAUCAUCAUGCUGACCGAGCUAAUGAACCAAACAAAAUACGUUGUCUUCAGCUUGUGGAAAAUUACAACAGUGACCUGAAUAAUUUCAUCGCUAAAAUCUGCACCAAAAACAAACAUGAGCAGUAUCAAAAGAGAAAAAAGGCAGAUGUACAGCUCAGUAAAAACACCGACACUCAAAUGGAAAUUUCCUUAGUGACAAAGAGGCUUCAGCCACAGCUGUGUGAAGAAAGCAUGUUUUGUAAGGCAUGUCCUGACUGUAAGGAAGCAAGGAAGGCUCUGUUGUCUGCUCAAAACCAGUGUGAGACUUUGAAGAAGGAGAUGUGUGAAACUCUAAAAUGUCUCGACAAAGAGCGAAGUAAAUACUACAACAUGAGGGAAGAACAUAAAGCCAAACUGUGUCAAGCCAAACAGAGAAUUAAGGAUGAAAUCACGUGGCGUGAUGAGAAAAUAAAAACUCUCCAGCGAGAACUGUCUUUGUGCUCCCUGUCAUUAGCGAAGGAGAGAGAAGUAAUUAUAUGCAUGACUGUGGAAAAUGAGAAACUGCUCUCUGAGAGGCGGAAGCUGUUAGAACAACUGAAUAAGGAGAAGCAGAACAGGAAGGAGAGCAGUCGAACAGCUUCUCUGUCCAAAUGCAGGGUGGAUUGUUUGGAGAUGGAAAACAAGAAACUGGAAAACAAACUCCUGCUCAUGUCCAACCAAAAAGCCACCCUGGAACGCAGCCUGCAGAACAUUCAGUUUCUCAACUACGCCGAGGAACUACAGAAAGUGUCAAAUCAUCAACAGCAGUUUACUUCUGUCUCAGCUCAUCCUUCAUGGGUAAUAUCUUCUGAGAUUCUGGGCUUAUUGGACAGUUCACAUAGCAGUGAGACCCAGCUGACAGAUCUGAGUUCUUCUUGUUCUUUGAGUCGAACAGCAGAGCUCGGCUACAUGAACCUGACGUCCACUCAGAGCCUCUCAGACCACUUAGAUGCUCGAUUUAACCUUGUCCACUCAAAUGUGAUUUCCUGAGCUUUUAUUUUAUUAUUCUAAAUCAUUUGUUCUCUAAGUCAAAUUGAAAAUAACAAUUAAAUUGUCUUUUAUUAAGGUAAAUAGUAAAAAAAAACAUUUUUUGGUGAUCAAACCUGGAGUUUUAGUACUUUUUUUCAUUUUAUAAAAUGUGGUUAAAAGUAA